AUGAAAUCACAUGACUUAAGAGGAAGAAACCAAAAAUAAGCAUGUGAAACAAUUAAGGACACAUACUCUGGUCCGUGAACAUAUUCAUUGCAAUUCUUUGUUUCUUAGUAAGACACGCACACUCACACAUGGGAACAAAAGAAUCUGUCUUCUUCUCUGUUCUAUUAUUUAUACUUACUUGGUAAAAUAUCUUUCUUGUGCAGAACAGAAGAAAAAGAAACACCCAUGGCUCUGUUUUCUAGCGUCUCAGUUUCCGCGUUUCUCUUGAUCGUUGUAUCGGUUCAAUGGACUCUGGUUUGCAGUGAAUCCACAAUCUUAGCUUCUCCUGCUGUUUUACCGUAUAUCAAUGCACCAGAUAUGUCUUCAUUUUUCCCUUCUCCGACCAAAGACUGGCCAAUAGAGACAGCGACAUCUCCUGUUCCAGAACCAGAAGCGCCUGGUCCAAGCUCAGGCCAGCUUAAUGGGAAGAUUUCAGGCAGAUCAAUGCGGCUCCAUCCUGAUAUUUCCUUGGUUCUAGCCAUUGUUGGGAUCUGUACCUUUCUAUGUUUUAAUGAACCAAUACUUGUUAGGUUUCUACACUAUUGAUGUUGUAAUCUUUUGUGGUUCGCUUUUAGAGCCUCAUUGUUCCUUCUUGGAGUCUGUUUUACUCUUCAUCACAUGAACUUCAACAUAUACUACGUUGUUACUGUUAUUCUUAUGUGUAUGAAUAUUUUGUUCAUAUAAAAUACAAGUGUGCAACCAUGACUAAUUUAGAGAAAACGAUUAUAGUCGUUAGG